AUGGAUGGUGCUUCAGGUUCAGGGUUCGGCGGGGUGUGGCUUGUGGAUGGUUCGGACGCGGCAUUUUCCUCCGAUAAGUUGAGGUACUUUUGCCAACUCUCAGAGGCGGAUCCCGAAGCCGACCCAGAAGAAUUCAUCCAAUUUAUGAGAGCGGAUUCGCUACCGAAGAAGACCCCCAAGAGAGAAAGAAUCACCAAGGCGAGACUCCCAGGGCAGCCCAUCUUUCUCAAAAAGGAAGAGAGGUGGAAAGGGAUGCUAGUCGGCUUUGGCGAAGUUGUAGGCCCCAAUAAAUCAGAUCAAGAGUGA